AUGUCUCCUCCAACCGCCGUUGAACCUCCUAAGCCAGUUAUUUUGGACUCUAAGCAGUUCAAAAAGGCUGGUGGUGACUACAAGGGUCUUUCUCCCUUCUUCGAUAAACCUACUGAGGGUCCGUCUUAUCAGCCUAACACCAAGCCAUUGAAGGCAUCAGGUGCUUUAGAUGAGAAGUAUUCGUUCUCGGAGGUCAGUCCUGUUAUUGGAAGAGAGUACACCGGGGCCCAAUUGAGGGAUAUUCUUCAGGACCAAGAACUUCUUCGUGACCUUGCAAUUACAGUUUCUCGAAGAGGAGUUGUUUUCUUUAGAAACCAGGCAUUGACUGCUGAGGAACAGAAAGAGCUUGCCGACAAGCUUGGCGUUCUUACUGGCAAACCAUCAACAUCGAAACUUCAUAUCCAUCCUCGUACUCCUGGUGGAGGAUUUCUCAAGCCAGAUGGAUCAGAAAUUGAUCCGGAAAUCACUAUUAUUUCUUCCAAGCUCCAGAAGUCUUUGUAUGAAAACAGAAAUAGAUACAAGGAAAACGCUAGUAGAGGAUGGCAUGCGGAUUUCGCUUUCGAGCCUAUCCCCAGUACGUACUCAGUAUUGAAGAUUAUUGAAAAGCCAGAAGUCGGAGGUGACACUCUGUGGAUAUCUGGAAAUGGUCUUUAUGAUAAAUUGUCUCCGUCAUUCCGAGAAUAUCUCGAGACCCUUUAUGCCACAUUCCAGGGUUCUGGAAUCGAAAAGGCAGCUCAAGGUAAAUUUGAUUUGUUUGCCGGGCCUCGUGGAGCACCAGAAAAUGUCGGAACAGAGCUUAAAGCUGUACACCCAGCCAUUCGCACCAAUCCUGUGACUGGAUGGAAGUCGCUAUAUGCAGCAGGUGCUCAGUUCUCUCACUUUAACGACAUUACGGAAGAUGAGAGUGGUGCUCUGCAACGCUACCUGAAGAGCGUCUUAAUUGGCAGUCAUGACCUCCAGGCACGGUUUAAGUGGGGAAAAAACGACGUUGCUAUUUGGGAUAAUCGCAGCGUCUUCCAUUCCGCUACAAACGACUAUUUUGAAACUGCUGUGGAGAGACUGGGUGUUAGGACUGUGGGUCUGGGUGAACGGCCAUACUUUGACCCCAAAUCCAAGAGUCGUUCUGACGACUUAAGAGAAUCGGGUUUGUCUGUGUAA